AUGGGAUCUUAUAUUUUAUUCACUAUAAUAGAAGCGCAAUCAGCAGAUAUAUGCUAAAUUGGGUGUAUCAACUGCUAAGGUUCUUCAAAUACUUAAUCAUCUGUUUAAUGUAGCUAGUGUGAUUAUAGAUUUUAACUAAACAAUAAUAGAUGCAAAUUCUUAGACUGUCCUACUAAUACUUAUUUACAAAGAUAUACUAGUUCCUAAAAUGGCCAAUCUUAUAAUUCUGAUACUUGCUAAUCAAUAUGCGAUGCUACGUACUAUGAAAAUACAGCUUAAAAUACUUGUGAUAAGUAGCAAACAUGCUCAAUUUCAUACUAAUCUAACUUAGGAAAUUAAAGCAUUACAAAUUUAGGAACUAUUGAAUCAAUAUACUAAGUAAAUAAUAAUAUCUCAAUAAUAAUUUAUCCUACUUUUGCGAGGCUAAUAAAUACAAACUCAGGAUAAUAUUUAUCAGAUAUAAUUGACACCACGAUUUUAAAAGUAUUAUAUUUUCAAAAUGUGCUUUUAAUUUUUUCAACGACUAAUCAAGUAAUAAAGUGGGAUUUUGACUUUAACUUUAAAACAAGUCUUAUUUAAAUUUAAUAAGGUAGUUUGUCUAAAAAGUCACAACUUUUUGAUUUAAUUGAUGGCUAAUAUGCAAUUUCAAGCUUUGACGAAUCAUAGAACAUUGUAUAUUUUACUAGAAUUUAUUUAGAUAAUUAACCUAAAAUCCCAGACAUUUCUGUUCCUUCUUUUAAGUACAUAGGAUGCACAUUAAAAGUGGUAAGUUCCUUUAUUUUAUGUUUUGGAAAAGACUAGUAAUUAAUUACAAAAAGAUUAAUCAUAGCAUAAUAAUAAUUAGUAAUUUAAGAUAUCAAUUAGAAUCCUAGUUGCUAGAACUCAAUAUUUUCCUAGAACUCUAUAAUCCAAUCGAUUUUCUUAGAUUUUGCAUCUUAUUCUUAGAUAAUUGUGUUAUAGUAAUAUAUACAAUAACUUAUAUAAGUAACCUUUGACAAAAUUAAUUAGUCGUUUGAGUGUAAACUCACUAAUUUAUUUGACAUCCCUAAUAAAUUAAGAAUGGUUGAUUUAAAUAAUUAAUAAUACAUGUUAGCUAUUAAUUUCAGCUCUAAAUUAAUAUUUUUUGAUUAAGAUAUGAAACAAUUACAUUCAAUAGAUUUUUCUCCUAAUUAAGCGUCUGACAUAGUAUUUGCAAAGGAUCAAAACAGCAAUUAUAUGACUUCUUACAAGUUAUAUACUAUUUAACCUGCGUCAUAAUAAGCCUUAAUAUAUAGAAUAAAUAUAUCAAUUUAAUCUACUACGAUGUUAAAAGCAAUUCCUAUAUUAGUAGGAUAAGCUGCUUAUUUUAUAGCGUACAAAAACAAAACUAUUUAUUACGAUUAGAUCAGAACACUUUAUGGAAAUAGUUAAUUAUUUAUUGUAAACAGUAAUUUGUAAAGUGUUAAUAUUAUAACAGACGAAAUUCAAUAUUUAGUGACCCCUUUUUAAUAAAAGUAAAUUUCUCACACAAACGCAAUCAAAUAAAUUAUUUAUUCUGAGGAUUCUCUUUUCUUGCUAACUUGUUCUUAAGAUGGUUACAUAAUGGCUUGGUACACAUUGACAAGUUUGAAUCCAUCAUUUCUCUAUAUGGUUUCAUAAAACGGAGAAGAAUGCAGAAAUAUAUUGAUCCAUUAAAAUAGCUGGGUGGUUGCUUUAUUCUCUCGUUCUAUUGUUAUUUUUUAGCUCAGAAAUUAAUAUAUUAAAAUUGUCUAUCCUUUCGCAAAUGCUGCUUCUGAUACAUCCUAAUUUAUAGCGUAAUAUACUCAAAGUAUAUUAUUAUAUUAUGACAGUAAAUUCUUCCUCAUGAGUGGAAGCGAUCUUACUUAGAUAGCAUAAGGAAACUAUUCUGGUAAUAAAAUUUUAUAAAUUUAUACUGUUUUAGAAACAAAAAUAGUAAUAUAAAAUGCUGAUAACUCACUAUAACUAUACCAAUUUGAUCCAAAAUAGCAAUAUUAAUUUAGCUAAAUUAAUGGUAUGUCUUAUUAAAGUAGAUUUGCAAGUUUUACUUACAUUUAAAUUGAUAUGAUAUCUCCCAGUGAUUUUGAACUAAUUAUAGGAUGCAUUAAUAACGCCUUCAUAAUUCUUAAUAGCUCAUUUAAAGAACAAUUAGUUCAUUAAUUAACUAAUGGAUUUCCAUUUAAUAUCAAAAAAUAUUCAGAUAAUAAUAUUUAUAUUUUAUUUGGCUUUGAUAUUAAUGGGACAUCAAAGUAUUUCCACUAUGCGGUUUUUAGAUCUAUAAAUAAAGGCAUAUUGUAUGAUUCAAGUUUUAAUCUUUCUUUUAAUUUAGGAUUGCAUCCUUAUGUUGACUAUAAAUCAAAUACAAAUAUACAAUAUUUAUGUACUUUACCUAUUUCAUUUGCUACUGUCAUUUUAAAAGGGAUGUUUUUGACUCAGUCACUUGGUGUUAGUUAUGGCUUUUUUGCCUACUCUUAUGGAGGAGUCAUUUCAAGUUAUGCUAUAAAAGAUAAUGGAAAUAUAUAAUACUAUGGCAACUAAAGUGGUAACUUAAGUUUUGAUUCAGUGGAUUAUCAAAAUUACUAUUAACUAUAACUCAGCUAAAAUUUCAUUUUUGGUAGUGUAAGCUAAGUAUUAGUGAGUCCUUUCUUAGAAUAAAUUUUUGUUUUGCAUUAUUAAGUAGAUCUCUAUAAUAUAUUUACUUUUUAGCUCUAAGGCUAAAUUAAAUUUGAUAGUUAGUAUGACUCAGAAAAAGUGAUAAAUUUGCUUUAUUCAGAGAAGAAUAAUUUUGUUAUUGCAUUUAAGAGUAAGUAGCUUAUAGUAAUAAAUUCUAAAUAAAUUAAUUAGCCAUUUAAGUUAAAUUCAGUUUAGUAAAUUUAGGGUGUAUAACUUGAUGAAGCUAACAAAAACUUUUACAUUUAUGGAAGUUCACUAAGGGUUUAUAGCUUUGAUUUAUCUUACUCAUCAGAAAUUACAAAGGAGGGAUUCUAAAGCUAUUAAUAAUGUAUAAUAACUAGUAAUCUAAUAAUAUGCAAAACUAAUUCAAGUACUGUUUCUAUUUUUAAUAAAAAGACACAAAAUUUAAUUGCUAGUUUUGAUGUUAUUAAUUAGCCUAAAACGUUUAAGCUAUUUGUGGAUGAGACUAAUAGCUAAAUAUUUAUAAGUACAACAUUUAUUUAAGUAUAUGAUUUCACAGGAAAUCUUAUAAGUUAAAUUUCAAAUAUUUCACAGAAUAUAGCUGAUUUACAACUGUUUGGAAAUACAAUAGCUGUAUUAACUCUACCAUCUAUAUUCUUUUACCAAAGAUAGACAUUAGCCUAUAUAAAAAGUAUUAAGCCAUUUGGAGGAGGAAAUAUUCUCGGCUAUUAUUAUAUAUCAGAUUAUAAUACUGUUGCUUAUUAUGCUGAUGAAAUUAGAUAUGGAUAAGUAUUUUAUUUUAACUUAGUUACAUAACUAGAUGACGGCUAUACGUUAGGAUCUUAUCCUGAGUUAGGAAUAGGUAGUGUUACAGCUUUGUUUUAUGAUAGUUUUAACUCCCGUCUUAAUUAUAUUGAUACUGUUGGAAUAUUAUACAGUAUUAAUUUCCUUAACUAGAGAUCAUUUUAUAAUGUAAUAAACUUUUUAGAAUUUAAAUCCUAAACAUAUAAAGUCAAUUUGGCAGUUGAUCAUACUUAUAAUACAUUAUUUGUCUAUAAUUAAAACUUAAUUUUAUACUUUAACUUUAAUGAUGUUCAAAAAUCAACAAUUAUUCAAAGCGCUAAAGCAGUUUAGUUUUUCUUUAAAUACUAGCCUCCUUCGUCAAAUGACUUAUCUCAGACAUAUUAUUAUGUAUUUGAUAAUAACAACAUUCUUUAUUCAUACAAAGAUUUUACUUAAAUAUACAUAACCUACUUUGUAAAAUAAAUAAGAGAUGUUAAGCAGAUAGAUGAAUAUAAAAUAGUUAUCUUUAUUUUUGAUGAUUAAAUAUUAAUUUAUACAUAGGACUAAAUAUCUUAGCAACAGAUCUCCUUUAAUAACUAUGUAGCUGCUAUCAAUGACCCUAAAGUUAGAAGAUUUUUAACUAAUUAGCUUCUACUUACAUAUGACUAUUAAAUUAUUCACAUAAAUUAUUUGUUUUACUUAGAUGGAACAAAUAACUGGAAAAAAAAAGUUUUUAAUGUAGGAUAAAGUAAUGAAUUCUUCAAAAACUGUAUUUCUUUUGGAGUGAAAACUCAGCAAAAAACAUUAUACUCUUUAGAUUCAGGAAGAUUAAUGCUAUAUGAUGAAUCUACAAUGACUUAAUAAUAAAUUUUACCAUAAUGGUAGGCUUAGUAAAAUAUGCAAACCAAUUAUAUUAAAUAUUUCACUUAAACAACCAAAUUUGCUAUUUUAGGCUAUUUAAAUAAUGUAAUAACAGUAAUUUCCGUUGCUGAUUAUUCUAUAGUUAAAUAGGUUGAUGUUAGCACAUUAACUAAAUCAACUCUUAACGAGCUGAGUGUGAUUUUUGCAGAUGAAUAGUAUAGUAGAGUUUUUAUCUCUUUCAUGUAUCAAAAACUGAUAUUUGUUCUUGACUUAUAAACACUCUCCUUCUUGUAGUAUAUUAACUUCCCUAAUAACUAAUUCAAUAGGAUAACUUAAAACAGUAAUUAUAUUUUCGCCUACUCUAACUCAUAAGUAAAUAUAUUUUAAAGGGCAACAUUGAAAUACAUAAGCUUUAUUAAAAAAAAUAAUUUAAUCAACCAAAUAUUGAAUUUUAUAAUUGUUGAUGAAACAAAAAUUAUCAUAUCAAUGAAUACAUAGAUUGAUAUUUAUAUGAUUAAUAAAGAUAGUAGUAUUAGCUUAAUUGAUUCAUCACCUUUCAUCAAUUCUGAAAUAAUUAGUUCUUAUGUGUAAACUACUGAUAGCACUAUUCUAAGAAUAGUUGGAGUUUCUUAAAAUGGUAUUUUUGAAAAAAGGAUAAAUAUAAUGGUCUUUAGCUAGUAAAACUCGUAUUACACACCUCAAAACUAACUCAGAUACUCAUGCUAUUCUUAAAUAAGCAUGAUUGAUAGAGUGAAUGCCUAAAAAUAAUUUUAGAUAUCUUACAAUGUAAACAAUUAAAAUACAGAUUACAGAAUUAUAACAACUUUUGGCUAAGACAUAAAAUAAAUCGACUUUAUACAAGAUUCUACUAUAAAAGUAAUUAUAGCACCAGAUGCUUCAAAUUCUAAGCAGAUUCUUAUUCUCAAAUAAAAUUCACUAUAAAGUAUUUAAAGGAAUUAAGUAUACAUUUAGAAUUUCACAUUAUAAUUGGAUAGCAAUAAUUAGAUUUACUUAUUUUCAAAUAUUACAUAAUCUGUUAAGUGGUAGAAUAUGGCAAUAAAAAAUUAAAAUAUUACAAAUGCUCAAAUAUUGUUUAGUAAACUUUAAGAUGUUACAAUAUCAAAUUUGGUAAUAGAUAACAUUAUCUAUAACUAAAAUUAUAGUGAAAGUGAUAACCUAAGUUAAUGGAAUGAAACUUUUAUUUUAUUUCAAGAUUGUAAUAACAUUUACUUAGAUAAUAUUACCAUCUCCUCUACAAAUAUAUGGAAGAGGUCUCUCAUAUUUGGUUUUUUAAGAACUAAUAAUGUCUAAAUUAAUAAUCUAACCAUAGUUAAUAGCAACUUUUAUUAAAUAAUAGCAUUUUAAAAUGGUUAAAAUAUUCAAAUCAAUAAAGUAAACAUGAAAAAUAAUAGUAAUCCUUAAAGAUUACCUUAUGGUUUAUAAGCCUAGCAAAGUUCAGAUUAUUUGAAGGAUAAUAGCGAAAUAUUUGCAAUAAGCAUAGUUGGAUAUUAAAAUACAUUACUUUAAGGGAUCACAUUAUAGUUCAACUAAAACAUACUUUUUCUAAAGUAUAUUAAUAGUUAUAAAAGUGAUAGCGAAUAAGUUAUUUUGUUUAAUGAUAAAGUUUAAAUCUAAAAUUGUUUAAUAACACAAACAAUAACAAAUUAAGAUUCUUCAAUAGUAGAUUCAAAAUAAAUAAAUUAAGCUCUAAUUAGUAUUUAAUCAACACAAAUUUAAUUGAUUAAUUUUAGUUUUAAUUUGAAUUAAGGAAAUAUUUUGAUAUAAAAUUCUAAAUAGAUAAAAAUCCAAGACUCGUUUUUUUAAAAUAAUACAUCUCUAGAUGGUGGAGCUUUAUAAUUAAAUUAUAUAAGUUCAACUGAGAUUAUUAACAGUUCAUUCACUUAAAAUCAAGCCAUAGGUUCAGGUGGUGCUAUUUUUAUGAGGGAAGUUCAAAGUUUAACUUUUGACUAAAAAUCAAUUGUUUCUUAAAACACUGCAUAAAUAGGUGGAGGAGUCCGAAUCAUAUCAUCAAAUAUAAACCCUACGUAAUCUAUAGCGAAUUAAUCCAGAGUAAGUUAAAACACAGCUCAGAUAUAUGGAAAAGAUAUAGGAAUUUUCCCUUUUAGAAUUAUAGUAAAUAUUGAAGAGUAGAAUUUGAGAAAAUUAUAAGAAAAUAAAUCGUAAAGCUUAAAUGAAAUUAAAAAUAGUACAGAUUAAAUUUAGCAACACAAAGUAUUUACUUUAGAUAGAAAUUUAGGUUCACAAAAUCUAUCAAUUUAAUCUUUUAGGAGUGGUGAUAACUUACCAUUAAACAUUCAGUUUGUAGACUAAUAUGACUAAGUUGUUUAGUUUUCUAUUUAAAAAUUAAAAGCACAGAAUUAUUCCUCUAGUGUCUUACAGGAAUUAAACUCUUUUUAGAUUGAAAUUACAGCCAAUGAUACUAUCCUAUCUUAGGUGACAGGUUAAACAUUUGUCAAUUAUAAUUAAUUCAAUGAAAAUAAUAAGAUCUUUAAAUUUACUUCUCUUCAAAUAAAUGCCCAUCCUUUAUCCAAAAGACCAUUUUUAAUAAAAGCAACAACUAAUUCAUUUUUUGAAUCAGCAUAAAUAAGUGUAAAUGUAAACAUAGAAUUCCGUUAGUGUUAAAAGGGUGAAAUAUUUAAAAUGGUAACCUAAGAAAUUCAAAUAUGUGAAAUAUGCUAAAGUGGAUUUUACUCUUUGACUGAACCUAAAGAUAAUUCAAACGAAUCAAUUUCUUGUUUAAAAUGCCCUGCUUAAGCUGCUUCUUGUUAGGCUGAUAAAAUUGUCCUAAAAGAUGGUUAUUGGAGAGAAAACCCCUUCACAGAUAAUAUUCUUUAUUGUGAUAAAAUUAAUUAAAUUACAACUUGCAAAGAAAGUGAUAUAGAGAGUAAAUAAGGUUGCAUAUAAGGGUAUAUAGGUCCACUAUGUUAAUAAUGUGAUUUUUAAGGAAAGCUAUGGAGCAACAGAUAUAGUUAGUCCUCUUUAAAUUAGUCUUGUUAAGAAUGCAGUCAAAAUCAGCUGAUUAUUUCUUUCUUAAUUGUCAUUACUAUUUUGCUCUUUCUUUACUUCAUGGUUAGUAUUAUCAUGUUUAUAAAUAACUUUUAAUUUCACUCGAUAAGUACUUAUAUUCGCUAUAUGCAGUUUCUUCCUCUGUCGGCAAGUUGCAUGAAUGAUCAAUCAACAUACUAUAUAAAGUCUUUAAUUAAUUAUAUUUAAUUAUCUUCAAUUCUAUUUUAAUCAAGUGUUAGUUCAUCUAAUAUAACAUCUGCAAUACAUUCUACAAGUUAUAUUGGAACUCCCUCUACUUAAGUGUUCUCUAAUAUUCAUUGUCUCUAUCCUGAUUAUUUCUUCAAUAAGUAUGGAGUAGCAUAAGUUAAAAUACUGAUUGAGUCAAUUUAUCCUGUAAUUUUACUUGGUUUCAUCAGCUUAAUUUUUUAUAUUUUAGCCAAAUUUAAGCUUCUAAAUAUAAAGCUUCAUCAUAAUUAUGCUACAUUGACUAUCAUUUUUUUUUCAUUUUAGCCAGGCUUAAUAACUUUACUAUCAAAUUCUCUAUCUUGUAGAAAAUUAGGUGAAAACAAAUAUGUUUAGAUAAACCUUUUACUAAGUUGCGAUGAUUCCUCAUACAAACUAUUUUCUUAUAUUUACAUAAUCCCUUACCUAACUAUUUUAUUAAUAUUACCUUUCUUUGUCAUGAAGAAGCUUUACAAUCAUAGAAAAAAUUUAGAUUAUUGCACAACAAAAUAUAAACUUGGGUAUUUUUAUCUUGAUUACAAGCCUAAUUUAUAUUUCUGGGAAUUUAUACGUAUAUACUUUAAGACAUUCAUAGCUAUAUUCUAUAUUCUCUAUGAGUAAAAUGAUUAAAGCUUUGCUUAUUAAGUAGUUUCUCUAAUAUUAUGUUUAUACUUAGUUAUGAUUUAUAUAUACAAACCAUACUUACAAAAGAAAGUACUCAAGCUAGACUGCGCCUCACUUUUAAUCUUGAUAUUUAACAUUGUCCUACAAUAAUUACAAAUUGCUAGCUAGAUAAGCCAAAUCUUAAUCCUUGCCUACUUACUGCACUUCUUUUUUAUAGCUUUUGUUAUUCUUGUCAUAAUUCGUUUGAAGCUUAACAAGAAAUAAUCUGGAUAUGUUUAAAUCAUAAAAAAAUUUUUCUAAAAAUUUUUACCAAAAUACAUAUUUAAUUUCAUAUUUAUUUAAGUAAAAAAUCAUGAUUAAACAUUAAAGCGCUGGAUUUUGAUUAAAAAAUAGUUGAAUAAUUUAACAAGAUAAUAAGCAGAAAAAACUAAGUAAAAUUGUGAUAACUUCAUCAGUAAAAAAAUGUCAUAAUCAAAAACUCAAUCAUAACUGAAAAACAAUUCUAAACAAUAACUUGAUUCUCAAUAUAUAGUAUAAUCAAAUACCAUUUUAAAAGAUAAUAUAACUCCAAACUAAUCUUAGAUCUUAAACGUAGGAAGUCCUAAAUUAUCAAAUAUUUUAAAUAUUUAAAGAAGCAGAUUCUGCAAUUUUAAUAUAGAGAAAGGUUUAAUUUUAAUAAAAGAAAUUUAAGAAUCAGAUUAAAUAAAUCAUUAAAUUGAUAUUGAUUUAUAAUCUAUGUAGAAUAGUUUAGAUAUUUAAAGUAGUAUACAAUAUGAUGAAAUGCCAAAGCACUAAAAAUAAAAAAACUAGCUUAAAGAAGUAGAUAAUGUUAUAUUCAAAUAAUUUAGCAUAGCUGAUUAAAAUAAAAAUCUUAUAAAAAUGUUUGAACAAAAUUGA